AUGAGGGACACGAAGCGUACGGAGUCAGCAAGGCAACUGAGGAUCCUGCGGGCAGUCGGUAUCCUCAUCUUCUUGAAUUCGUGCUCGCGAGGAACCGCACAGGGUGUAACAAUCUCACAGAAGACGUUCUACCAGGUCGACGGCAUGAACGCGGCGAUCCGGAAUUCCUUGCUCGCCUUCACCGGCUGGGACCUCGUCACCUGCGCGGACGCGUGUGUCAGGAACGCGAGAUGCGUGGCCUUUUCCCUCGAGACGGAUUCCAGCACGACGGUCUGUCAACUGGGAAGCGUAAAUUCCACCGUUCUGGCAAAUCCCCCCGGCAUGUCUGUUACCCUCUAUUACACACGCUCCAUCCCAUCGGGUUACACCUUCGCGACGAUCACGGACAAGGUGCAUUACCUCAAGUCUCUCCCCGGAACCAUGACUUACACCACUGCAUUGGCCGCUUGCAAGAAAGACGGCGCGGACCAAUUGGUUCAGGACGACAAGGGCCUCGCUUGGCACAACUUCAUCUUGCAGUACGGCGCGUCGAAUAAUGCAGCGUCUGGCAGAUUUUGGAUCGGAGGAGACGACCUCGAUGGGAAUCACAUCUAUAAUUGGAACGACGGAACGUUGGUGUCGGCCGCGGUUCAGACCCUCUGGGGUUCCGGGGAGCCAUCCUUUAGUUGGGACGGGGUCAUCGAACGAUGCAUGGCCCCCGAUUUUGGCAACCUGUGGAACGAUGAACCUUGUUCGCUGCUGUACGGCGUGAUCUGCGAGUUCCGCUUGCCCUGA